AUGCCACCUCCCACCUCCCCCAUCCGGAGUUCCCUCACACCCCUCCAGUCCCUCAUAACACGUCGCUGGCGCCCACAAUGGAUCUGUCAAUCACGUCGAACGUCCCUUCCACCCUCACAACAAUAUCGACUCUUCUCGUCCACCAUCUCCCGCCAUGAAGACACCACGAACCCAUACUAUGUCACGACCCCCAUCUUCUACGUCAACGCCGCGCCCCACGUCGGCCACAUGUACACCAUGAUCCUCGCCGAUGUUCUAAAACGCUGGUCACAACUCAAAGGACGUCCCGCAAUCCUCCUGACAGGCACCGACGAGCACGGCCUCAAGAUCCAGCGCGCGGCCGCGAAAGCGGGUGUGGACCCCAAGGAGUUCUGCGAUAAAGGUGCCGAUACCUUCAAGGAGCUUGCGACGAGUAUCGACAUCAGUCAUGAUGUGUUCAUCAGGACUACGGAUCAGAAACACAAAGACGGCGUGCAAUAUGCUUGGGAGGUGCUACAGUCGAAGGGUCUGAUAUAUGAGGGAAAGCAUGAGGGAUGGUAUAGCGUGAGCGAUGAGACAUUCUAUCCUGGAAGUCAGGUCCAGAUGAUUGUGGAGCCCGCUACGGGGAGGAAAAUCAUGGCGAGUAUUGAGACGGGGAAAGAGGUGGAGUGGACUAGUGAGAGGAAUUACAUGUUCAAGCUCUCGUCCUUUCGGGAAAAGCUGUUGCAAUUUUACGAGGAGAAUGAAAAGUACAUUGUCCCAGCUUCCAGGAUGCGGGAGGUGCAACAACAGGUAGAAACGGAGUUGGAAGACUUGUCAAUCAGCAGGCCGACGGAGCGGUUGAGCUGGGGUGUCAGGGUGCCAGGAGACGAGAGUCAGACAAUCUAUGUCUGGCUCGAUGCUUUGCUGAAUUAUGCCACUGCAGUCGGGUAUCCUUUCACACCUGGGCAAGAGGGCAAGGGAGGCUUUCCGCCAGAUGUUCAGGUUGUCGGAAAGGAUAUUGUGAGAUUCCACUGCAUUUAUUGGCCUGCGUUCCUGAUGGCGCUGGAUCUGCCGGUGCAUCGACAGGUCCUGACACAUGCGCACUGGACACUGGGAAAGCAAAAGAUGGCGAAGAGUACAGGGAAUGUGGUCAACCCCUUCUUUGCGUUGGAGCGUUUUGGCAUUGAUGCGAUGAGGUGGUAUCUUAUCCUCCAAGGUGGGAUUGCGGAUGAUGCGGAUUAUGACAACAGCUUUAUCAUCGAGAGGUAUCGGAAGGGUCUGCAGGGCGGUUUGGGAAAUCUGCUUACGCGGGUAACGCGGGGCAAGGGGUGGGACGUGAGGAAAGCCGUGGAGAAUUAUGCUCAUGGACCUGAUGACAAAAGGCCUCCUAUCAUGGACGAAAGCGACAAUCACUUCCGAGGACAAUAUGACAGCAUUCGUGUCAUGCCUACGCACGUAGACAACACGAUGCUUGACCUUUACCCCAACAAAGCUCUACGAACGAUCAUGAGCGCAGUCAGUGAAGCGAAUGCAGAACUUCAACGUCUGGAGCCCUGGUUGGUCGUCAGUCGGAUCCGCUCUGCUAUGGCCGACACUACUGGAGCGGAACUUCGACAACUCGACGACGAGAGAGGCGUACAAGGUGGUCUGUCCGUUGAGAUGAUGGAAGGGGAUAUCGAGCGCUGCAUCUUCUUCGCCGCUGAGACGCUGCGACUUACCGGCAUUCUGCUGCAACCUUUCAUGCCGACUGCUGCGAAGAAGCAGCUCGAUAUGUUGGGUGUGGCGGAGGCUAGGAGGAGUUUCGAUUGGGCGGUCAUCGGCAAGGAUGAGACGUAUGGUACGCCGUUGAUGCCGGUGGGCAAUGGCAAGGAUGAUGUGCUGUUCCCGCCGCUGACGAGUAAUUUCUGA